UAAAUUAAAUUUUUGACUUUGUUGGACACGGAGUUUAUACUCACAUUUCCUUUCGUAAUAUGCUGCAGCCAUUUGGUCGUGAAAAUUUGUAAAACUCUACUCAAACUAUGCAUAUUUGAGCACAGACACACACCACAAAUAAGCACCUUGGCCCAACACCUGUCUUAGUUAAGACCAAACUUAUUUUACGCUACAUAAUAUUGUUGUUUUUGUUGUUCUUCAAUAAAUUGCAUAAAUUGAGGUUUCGAAAUUGUAUUUGAACUUAAAUCAACGGAGGGUACACAUCAUUAGAAUUUAUUAGUGCGGUCCAUUACCUUCUAAAUCAAAUGGCUGGGCUGUCUAUCCACAAGUUUUGCGCAGCGUUUUUGCUGGUGAUCGGUGUUGUCUGCACCAACGCCGAUGGCACUGAGAAACCGGAAAUAGACAUGGAAAUAUGGGUUUCACGCAAUCAAUUAUUGGACUCCAUGACUGAAGAUUGGGAAAAUUUAACCGAAUAUGCUUUAGCAUGGAGUAAGGAAGUUUGUCAGAAGGUACUAGACGAAGACAUAUUGCAGAACGAAACAAGCGUAGAUCCAGAGACUCGCGAAAUUUCUCUGAAUAAUUGUGUUGGUAGCACCGUGGAUCGUUUCGAUCCCACUGAAAGUCAUCGUGGCGAUCACCCAGAUGAAGUUCCAUUGCGCAAAUAUGGAUUUGAGGAAUUUCGAAAAGUUAUGGAUCAAAAAUAUGAACAUUUCUUCGAAGAGAUGGUCCAGCGUAUGGAUGACUAUGUAAAGGGUUUGACGCCAGAGCAGCAAGACAAAGAGACGGCGCGAAAUCUGAAGGGGUGGUCGGGCAAAAUUAAGAAUGCCCCGACUUUGGCAAUGAAAGAAAUGGCUUUUAGGAAAUGUAUGCGAUUUUAUUAUUUUGAGAGGGGUGUUUAAUGUAUAUGUUUUCAGUUAAGGUUAUUCAAAAAUUAAACAUUGUAAUGUGAAAGCAGAGCUACAAAACCUUAGCAAUAUUUUGUGUUUUUGGUUAGUGACUAACUGAGCUCGUCUUAAGGUUCUUAAGGGUCUUUGGAACAACUGACAAAUAAGCAACGUCGUUUGUUCCCGGUCACAAAAGUAUAGCCGGGAAUGAAUUAGUUGAUAAUCCGCAAGGAAGAAGAAUUAGGUAGGGAGAUGUAUUGGCAACGGUUUGAAGGCAUGCGCCAUGUCUUUUUCCAAAUGAAUGUGUAAUCAACCUCUCAAGGUAUAGACUCAGGCUACUUUUCUCAUUCUACACUGGCCAUUGUUAGAAAAAGAAGCACUUACACAACAUGGGCCUAGCUGUCUUUGCAAAUUGCCGGUUCUGCGAGAGGAAACCUAAAAGGCCAUUCGAUCCAUGUAUCCAAAUAAAGAUCACAUCGUCUUCCUAGCACCUAGCAGUAUAGUAGAAUUUAUCAAUAUGCUGGGGCUGGGUAGGUCGUUCGGUGGAAUCCUCAUAUAUUUGCCUUAAAGUCGAAGCGUUGAGGUGAAGAGUAAUGAGGCUCACAGGAUUGGUAGUGGUCGACUAGAACAAAGGUCGAAAACGAUGCCCAGCUGAGCUUGGAAGCUAUCAGUGACUUUAUGGGACUACUUGUAAACCUCUCAGAAAAAACAUGCGCCCGCGUUGGCAGGGUAACUCUCAAUGUGUAAAAUUUUAUGAAGGACGGUUGAGUAGUGUUCGAGAAAUCUUGCCACCGACUUCAAAAACACAAUUUCGGGAAAAACGCGUUUAAAGACGGCGCAUUUAGCCUAGCUAGCCCUCAAGCGCACAAGUCCUCAAGGCUGUAUCUCCGAAAAUAUUACUCGGAUCAACUUGAAAAUUCAAAACAAUGUUCUAGAGGUGUUGUAAAACUUAAUAAGGCAAUAGAAAGUUAGAUUUUUUGAAACUCGUAAACCCUUGCAACCCCUUAAAUAAGAUUACGCAGCUAGAAGGCUUGUUAUCCAGUUUAGAAGUAAUCAUCAAUGCAAUUUUUUAAAUAGAAGUUAAAUUUUUUCGCUUCGGACAAUAGCAUAUUAAUAUUUUUUAAUCAAUUUAAAGUUGUAUCUGCGAAAUUCAAAAUAGCUGGUAAUCCUAUCUGAUUAUUACCUUCUAAUAGCUCUUUACACACACUCAAUAUUAAAUAUGAUUAUACAUAAGUAUAUGCGAUUAAAUUGAUAACCUAGGUUCGUUUCACAGAUUUUGAAAAUAAACUGAUAAAGACCUUGCUCUCACUUACCUUAUUCACAUUAGCUGUCUCCUAGAAAUGUAGGGCAUUUAGCAAACAUCUUUGAUUCUGUGAAUUGGUGGUUGAGUAUUCAAGGCGGAAGCCAUAAAAAAACGUAAACAAUUUUAAAGAAUUUCAAAUAUUGUUGGACAUUUUUGAAAAUGUUUAGUUCUUAUCAUAGUAUCUCAAAAUAAUUACCAAGUGUGCUGUAGUGAAAACUCGUAGACCUCUCCACAUAUUCUUUGUCAGUGAGCAAAGACGCGCACCACUUACAAGAAUCGCGGCCUAACUCCUGCCUAAAUUAUUAAUACCAACUUAACAUAAUAUAUAUUCAAUGGUAUGUUGAAUUGCUAUUGGCUUUGUUGAAAUAUUAAACUAAAAAGGCAUUGGAAAUAAAAUCAACAGAGAGUGUGGAUCGUUAGAAGCGAUUAGUACAAUUCAAGACGAAAAUGGCUGGAGUGUUUAUCAAGUAUUUCGGAGCAUUGCUGCUGGUAGUCGGCGUCGUUUGCAUCAACGGCGAUGGCACCGAAAUUUCCGAAACAGACUUGGAGAUGCUUGACUCCCACAAUUACCUGUUAAAAUCCAUAUAUAAUGAGGCUGUUAAAUUAAGUAUAUACGUUUUGAGACGAAGUGGGGAAUUAUGCAAGAAGAUGGACAACGAAGAUAUACUGAUUUACAAGAACAUAGCAAGUGAAAAGUCCAAGAAAUCUGUAGAAUCAGUUACUCACGAAACAAUUCUGAGAAAUUGUAUUAAUCGUGUCGAGGAUCGUUUUGAUCCCACAGCGAGUCGUGAUAAUGUAUAUGGUCCAGAUGAAUCUUUGUUACUUAAGUAUGGAUUGGAGGAUAUUCAAAAGGUUGUGGAGCAAAAAUAUGAAACAUUUUUUGAAGAGAUUUUGCAGCAAAUCAAAGAAUAUCUGAAGGGUUUGACACCGGAGCAGCAAAGAAACACGACGGCGCGAAAUUUGAAAGGGUGGUCAAGUAAAAUUAAGGCGGCUUCAACUUUGGCACGGAAGGCGAUGACUUUUAGAAGUUUUAUGCGUUACUAUUUUUUGCAGGAAAGUGUUUAAAGUGCGAGCUGUUUAAUAAUAUUGGAAGUUUAUUUAGCUGCACAGAAAUUAAAAUCGCCAAGAGUUGGCAACGCUAACGAAUACUACAAAAUUUAUGUAUAUAUAACUAAGUCGGCAUCUUGAAUUAUUUUCAGCGAUUAGAAAAUAUUAAAGUUUGCAAUUUAUUUAUAGCGAUUGCGUUAAAUAUUAAAAUUGAAUUACUAAAAAGGUGGCAACACUUUUUUUAGUUUUUCUAAAAAUAUCAGCGUUAUGAUUUCAUGUUUUGCUUUACUACAUUUAGGAAAUAAACUAAAAUAAUUGUAAACAGUUGGCAACUCUA